CAGCAUCAUUCUUAAAUCUAAUCAUACGUCGAGCUCGACCACUAAACUAAUACAGCUACCAUGGACGAGUUCGAAUGGGUCAAGUCCUUUUCAAGUUCCAACUACGGAACUCUGAGUGAUUACGUAUCACCCGUUAUCAAAGAAAACAAGCGAGAACCACCGAAUCCAUCCCAAUUAUCACGAGGCACCUUCUCCUCCUUCAUCUGUCACGUCAUUCACUUAGAGCGCAAGCUCCGUUCGUUUACGCCGAUUGUCCUCGAUGGAUCCUCCGAUAUCAGAGUCACGGGCAAAAUUCUAGGCCAAGGCAAAACCUUCCUUGUGAGGCACGCUCAAUGGGCGCAGAAACCGAACGAACCACCAGUUGAAGUGGCGCUAAAAGAGAUCAUUCCUACUUUUCAGUCAACUGAUGAAACACCAAAUUCUAGUCACAGACCCCAGCAUGACUGGAAAGACAUACUCUUUGAGCUCCGAGCAUUGCUUCAUGAGCCGAUUCGAUACCAUCCGAACCUCGUCCGUCUCUUGGGUAUUCAAUGGGGGCUUUCUCCACUCACUGAAUCGGUAUAUCCGAUGCUGGUCAUGGAAUGCUCGUUGCUUGGUACACUUCAGACUCUCCAAGCCUCAUUCGAGCCACUACCAUUUCCAACCAAGCAGAAAUUGUGCUAUGAUGUGGGAAAGGCCUUGCUGGCACUACAUGCAUGUGGAAUCGUGCACGGAGAUGUGAAGCAUGAAAACGUCAUCAUCUUUCCAAAUAAAGAGACCGCGACAAAAAUUCCAUACACAGCAAAGCUCACUGACUUUGGUGGAACAAUCAUGGAUAUGGGGGAAACCGAAUUCCGAACCAUGGAGACCUGGACGUGGCCCUUUCAAGCCCCUGAAGUUGAUCGCGCCGAGCCCCUUACUCGGAACGGAAUGGUGCUAACCGACGUGUAUUCCUUUGGACUACUCAUCUGGCGAGCGUUCACUGACGGUGAGGGUUUUGUUUCCCUACCUGGAGCCGCACAAAGCGCUUCAGACGAAGCUAAGCGUAGCUUGACGGCGCAGAAGUCUAUGGACGACUUCACUCGUGUUGCAAUUCAUGAUAUCUACAAGUAUGCGGAAUCGCGCAAGGUUCCAAAAGCUUGUGUAGAUAUUAUCACAUAUUCUAUUAUCCACACUAUUAGAUUAGAUCCGAUGGACCGCAAUCUAGUCUCCGCACAAGCCGCUUUAAGGGGCAUAAAGUUGGGGAAGAUCAAUGCUUACAUGAGCCUCAUUCGCGAGAAGAACGAUGAAAAAGAGGCCUCUGAGUUACGCGUGGCACCUGGCAGUCACGGUUUUACAAAAGAUAGUGUCCAAUUCAUGCUUGGACGCUAUGGCAAUGAUGUUGACCUGCAAGACAAUCUUCCUGGGUUUCGGCCUAAAUUAAAUGAACCCAAUGUUGAAGAAUUCUUGUUCGAGCCAGAGAGUUUGAAAACCUUCUUGACUUGGGGACAACAACAACAGAUCCUUGAAGAGUUUAAAGAGGCCGCUGCAAAAACUACUCGCAAUGUCGGUACACUAGGCAGAAUUAAAAGGACAGUUGCAGCCUUCUAUUUAUUCCAAUGCUACCUCAUCGAAUUCGGCACCACAUUUGACGCGGCCAAGGUCAUCCACUGGCUUGCUGAAGCCGCUUCCAAUGACAACAGCCGCGAAGACGCAGACUGUUAUGCUCAGGCUUGGCUUUGGCGAAUAGCUCGCGCUCUAGGUCCAGAAAUCACUUUCCCAAGAGCUAGGGCGGAAGGGCUGCUGCACCUGUCGAGCAUAAGAGGUUACCGAACCUCUCUUCAAGACAUCUUGGAAAUUGCAUCAGGUAGUAGUGACCAAGAAUCGCAGAAGUGGUCAGAUACCUACGUUCAAGCCCGAAAUAUACUACAGUCUGAAAUGGGGGGUGUAGGAAUGCCCUACUUCUUCCCUAAUUUCAUGACCAACGUAUUUAAUCUAGGUAAUAUUAACCGACUCGACGAACAAAUUCGAGCCCACCUUCAGCAAGACUACGAGUCCUGCCUGAAAUCAGCAACGAACGAAGAGUUGGAGGCUUCUAACAAUGGGAAGGAUAAAGAGGAGACUGCUUUCGACCGGAUAUUCGUCAACGACAAAGGCCAUGGGUUGCUACACUUUGCUGCUGCUAGAGGGGCUUCCAAGGCACUGAAACACAUGAUUACCAAAUACAAAUGCGAUAUCAAUCUACCAAACCAGCACGUCGAUGAGACACCUCUCAUAUGCGCUUGUGAAGGGGGAAAGGUCGCCUGCGCUAUGUUUCUCUUGGAGCACGGCGCCGACCCAAACGGCUACCAGUAUAGUCAAGAGGGCCCAUUGCACUGGCUCAGCAGCUUCUUGCCCAGUGAAAUGGGAAAUAUUGCCUUGAGGUUGAUUACCGCAGGUGCCGAUAUCGAGCUCCGAUCUGGUGGAAUGCGCCACGAUGUCCGAAAAAUCGGAGCCGAUUGGGAGCACAUUUUCGAGAUAUCUGUGACCCCACUCGGGAGAGCUGUCUUGAUGAACAAUCUUCCUGCAGUCAAGGUGCUUCUUAAACACGGUGCAAAUCCGCUCGCAAGAAGGGCCAAUAAGCAUCGAGGGAGACGGGAGGGCGUUCAAGAUGCGAAUAAUAUGGUAGAUGUGUCUUCCGCAUUUGAUCUCGCUGCGGUGUUAACCCUCCCCGACAUCCUUGAGGAGUUCAUCAAGCAUAUUGACAACUCGAAUGGGGGAGAACUGACACCCAACAUCAAACUUCUUGACGAGGCAUCGAUGCUGAACCUGGCGCAUGGAAAGGAGGUCACUAAGCAUGAUCCACUGUCUCUUCAAAGCCGUCUAGUGCGAUGCGGAGCCAACUAUAAGAGCUUUUUGCGGCGAACCAUUUCAUUACUCUUCACUCGCGCUCUUCCAUGGCACUCAUAUCAGGGAGAUCUUUUGCAAAAGAAGAGGAGCGAAGUACUAUGCAAAGAAGUGUCACUUGGAAACGUAGACAUUGUCGAGUGCCUUCUCGAAAUCGGUUACAACGCCAAUGGAACCAAGGAUUUCCGUCCGUUGGAAAAAGCAAUUGAACUAAACCACGAUGGAUUGUUCCAAAUGCUUGUGAGCCACAAGGCGGACGUGACUAUUACGCAUCUAACGCCCACCGGAUAUGUUUCUAUGCUACAUUUAUGCGCUAGCAGGCCGCGCCAAUCUCGGCCGGGUCGCAUGAUCGCAGAUGCGCUGAUAGCGGCUGGGGUCCCAAUAGAGAGCAUCGAUCCACGAAGCAAGUCACCGCUGGCUAUGGCAGUAUUGAAUCAAAAUUUCGAUGUAGCUCGAGCACUAAUGGAGCACGGAGCUAACGUCAAUGUGAAUUACCCGUUGCAAAUCUACGGAGCUAGGGGGACGGAAAUGCGAACCGUCAGUAUCUUGGUUGAAGUUUUGGCUCAGCACACCAUACGAACCCUUGAAUCGCUGAAGUUUUUGUUCGGCAAGAAGGAAAGCAGGCCGAUUCAACGACCGAACUUUACUGUUGACAAGGACAACAAGUUCUCCGUCCUUCAUCUCUUGGCUGGGAGUGAGCAGUUUACCGAAAUCGCGCAGAUAAGCCCGAUGAUUUUCAACUUGUGCCUCGACACCUAUUCGGAGCCUUCUUUCAUAAACUACAGGCAUCCUAUUCUUGGCACUGGGCUUUACUAUGCUGCUAUGAAUGGGAAUAAGGUCAUGGUUGAGCGCCUGCUUGAACGACAUGCAGACACAAGCAGUAAUGCUGGGCCAGAUCUUUCCGAUUCGAUCCAAUUGGUUUUGCGAGAGAAGGGGACUUGGACGCCCCUUUGGGCAGCAAUCUCACGACUCGAUGGAGAGCUGAAUAAAUCCAUGUUUUUACCUUCAAGUCACAAGCUUGAUUCUAACGCCAUCCAGAAUGUCGAGAGGACUGUUGAGCUUCUAGCGCAGACGGGAGAUGAGCUAGCAAAGGAAGCAAUACAUCAGUUAGCGGAAAAGAAACACAGGAUAUUGAACAAACAGAUUGAAGCUGAAGGAGCCCAACGAAGGGGCAGAUUGGUGUAUAACACUGGUCUAAAAGAUCACCCGAUUGAUCUCUCUGUACUUUCUGGAAAGGGCGAUGCCAAUGUUGAUGAAGCGCUUCAGAAGGUUCAAGAGGAAAACUGGGUUGUACCAGGGUUCGAGGAGAUGCUCACAAAUUUGGCGCAGCGGCUUUUAUAAGCUGUGUUGGGGGAAUAGCUACCUGCCCUCCUCUUUAUUCCCGCUGUCCCUUAAUGUGAACAUGACAGGGUAUUUUAGGACGGAAAUCUGCAUCCUAUCAAUGUUGUCUUUUGUUCCAGUCAAAGGUAAAUUAUGGUAGGCAGACUCCACUCUGGUUAAUUUCUACGUGAUGUGAUAAUAUGUUGGACUUAUCUUCAAUACUGCCACU